UGAAUAGGGUCCAAAGUCCACCUUUUGCGUGAGGUGUCUAUAACGGGGAAGAAAGGGGACAGGUGCGAUUCAAACAAGCCACACGGAGAAGUAAGAUGGGUGGCGGCGAGCUAACAGUAAGAGAAGCGAAGCACACAGACUUCGAGGCGGUGAUGAAGAUGGCAUGUCCGGACAACUUCCGUGACGGCUUCGACUACCUGCCGGCCAAGUUCCACCAGUAUGUGGAUGACCCGGAUGUUUCCUUCAUUCUGAUAGAACUAGAGCACAGCCUGGUAGGCUUCAACGUUUACUGGUUUAGCGACGAUGGUGACUCUCUACUGGGGAAAAACGGCCGUCAAGACCCAAAGUACAAGGGAACGGGCACGUAUGGCCGCGUGAGGCAGGCCCUGCCGAUGAUCUUCCAGAAAUUCCUCCUGCCACGAUGUAAACCAACGACUUUGUUACAAACUGUUGGCGAGGGUCACCGGAUGGAACUUCACAAAGUCCUGAAGUACAUGGGGUUCUGGGGAAAGGAGGAGAGCAGUUUUCAUGUUCUCUACUUCCAGUCUGACGUGUCUGCCCUGCGUAGUAGUCUUACAUCACACAACACGACCCACCUCCCACCGCUCACCCCCUACCAGCCUCCCGACCUCCACCGCCUGCUGCCUCCAGCCUUCUCGGCCGCCGUGUUGUCUGAAGGCCGCGUGUUUGUCGACUGGGAUCCGUACAAACUUUCUGAGUCCAACAUGAACAAGUUUGUAACAGCUGGCUACUACAUCCUUGUCGACCAGACCGAACCGGCCGCUAAGAGUCUUAGCUUCGGCGGGAGUUACAUGACUCCCCGCGGCAGGGUGUAUCACAUAGACAUACACUGUAAGGAUGAGACUCUAUGUAAGGCUCACAUCAUAAACCACGUGAAGAUCGCCUGUAGCCAGUAUACAGGCAUGAUAACCUUCUGUGUCAUGGUGAUAGACCUGGCUUUGAAAAUAACAGUCCUGAAAUAUUGUGCAGGAGACCUGACACUGAGUUAUCUGCCCCAUGACCAUACCUAUACUCUGUAUCAAACAGAUCUCGCCAGUAUGGCAAAAGCUGCUGCUGGAAACAAAUCUAAGUACUAAACAGAAAGCACUGUUGUGAGCAAAAUUUAGAAAACUUGUGCAAAAUGAUAUUAACAAAUUAGGCUCAGGUUGAGACUAGCAUUUUGUCGAUUAUCGAUUAUUUGUAGACAAUUCGUUCAAGACGAUCUACGUUAAUCUUAUUUUGAAGAUCAACAUUACUAGAAAUGUUUUGUGUUAGAAAUAAUUUACUUAUUUCCAUAUCUAAUGAGUAUCUCUUUUCCCUAAAUACAAGUCUUUGUAGCUAGAACAAUGAAAGGCAAAUCGAUGUAUAAGAUUAGUGGUUAGAUACAUCUAGAUCUGGUGCAAUCCAUACGUAGAUAGGAGAUACACGAGAUUAUUCAUGUUUACUAUACGGCGACAUAACCGGAUACUUUUAGGAUAUAACGUUAGGAGAAUUCUUUUUACACAACAAGCAGAUACAUACAUUGCUUACG